AUGCUGUGUCAAGUGGUGGGUAGAUAUGAUGCUUCCAGUGAGGCUGCCGCACUCGAAGCCAUUGAGAAACUGGAAGAGCAGGAACUCAACCCGCUACAACAACGAGCAUGCCACGAAGUGCUUCGUUCCUUUGUGGAGCAGGACGCACAAUAUGCCAAGUGGAUCUUGGCAGAUGUGGCAAGUGGGUAUCGCCAAGAUGAUAGGGCCGAAUGCAUCAAAAUCACCUCGGCUAACAUCACUAGCUGGAGGAAACCCAUAGCGGCAUGGAUACACGAACUAGGACCGGACCUGGUGGUGCUGCAGGAAACCCAUCUCAAGACAGAGGGUAUCCAGCAAGCCAUGAGCCAUUGCCAAGAUAUGGGAUACACCUUCAUUGGCAUGCCAGGCAGUACAAAAACUAAGGGUGUACAAGGAGGCCUGGCAGUGGUGGCACCCCGACAUAGGAACCUGCGAUACCUUACUGAGUAUGGGACAGGACCGGCGGGCUUCCUGGCAUGUGCCAUGAGAAAUAAAGGCUGGGAUUUGAUCAUCGUCAGUCUGUAUUUGGAGAGCGGGGUCGGAUUCCAGGCUCCAAACAAUAUCCAAGUACUGGCGAGACUGAUAGCCUUUCUCAAGGGCUGCAAAGUGCCAUAUAUGGUGCUGGGUGAUUGGAAUGAAGCCCAGGAUACCAUGAGGGGCACAACUCUGGCGACAGAAGUUGGUGGUGCAUUUGUUGGAGUGGGGGAACCAACGGCCCAAGGAUCGGACGAAAUCGAUUACGGGCUGGUUGCGAAAUGCUUGGUGCCCAUCCUUCAAGUGAAAACGGAUUGGGAAACCCCUUUUCGGCCUCAUGCUGCAAUGCAUUGGAGGGUGGCCCAACCGUGCAGUAGCCCUGAUGUUCCCCAGAUGAAGAAGGCGGGAGCACUGGUGACGGAGACUGUGGAAUAUGAACCAGUACAAAACACACAGAGCAUCAACAUCUUGGAUGAACCCAAGAUGGAAGAUGAGCUCAGUGAGACAUUUGCUCACCUGAGUGCCGGUGUGGAGAGGUCGAUCACAGGCCGAAUCGAUGGUAUGGGUGUGAAAUCGGAGAUUGUGCGUAAGAAAUUGGUGGUCAACAACCCGGAGAACGUUGUCUGGACGGGCAAGAGGGCGGCCUUUUGGAACCGGGUCCAACAAUGGGUCAAACAAGGCAGACAUCAUGGCGAUGCACAUCCGGUGGCGCGUCUGGUCCAACGCAGGCUCGGCGAGUAUUACGAGGGCGAUGCGCAGAACCAGGAGGAUAUGCUUGCGAGUAUCCUGGGCCGGGGUACGGACGCUAGGCUUGUUCUGAAGCGCAUCGACGAACAGCAAUGCUACGCGAGAAAGGCGGAUAUGGAGGAGACAGCCCACCAGUACAAGCAAUGGCUCAGUAAGGCCAUGGAAAAGGGCAUGCGACCAUUAUACAAUGCCUUGCGAAAAGAAGAACAAGUGGUACAAAGACCCUACAUGGAAUAUGACAUGCUGGAACGGCCACACAUUCGCCGAGACCACUGGGCGGCAGUGUGGACGACGGGCCAGCCGUUGGCAAAAUCGGCCUCGCUCAUGACGGAGCUUGAGGAUGCAGCCAAAAAACAAGCGGCCAGCGUGGAGCCGCUGAACCCUGUCGAGGUCAAGGCAAGGAUCAAAAAACUGGCACUAAAGAGCCCGGGGCCGGAUGGCUGGAGGAUUGACCAUUUGCAGGCCAUGGACGAUAAAGCAGUUGAAGCCGUUGUGUCCUUCUACCAUGAAUGUGAGGCCAAGGCAGCAUGGCCGCAGCAAAUGACAGUCUCCCUUAUAGCAAUGCUGCCGAAGAAUCUGACCCGGGAAAGACCAAUCGCCUUGCUACACAUCCUGUACAGGACUUGGGUCCGCCUGCGAUGGGAUUUGGUAAGUACUUGGCAGGCAGGCUAUGCCACAGCUGCCACGUACGACAAGGCAGUCCCAGGCAGUUGCUGCUUGGACGUGGCCGUCGGCAGACUACUGCGAAAUGAGGUGGCAAAGACAAAUGGAGUACAUGUGGUGUCACUCUUUGUGGACCUCGAGUCCUUUUUCGAUACCAUCCAAUUUCAGCAAUUGAUCAUGGCAGCAACGGCCCUGCAAUAUCCACCGCUUAUCCUGAAGAUGGCACUGGAAGUGUACAUGGGUGCCAGAUACUUGGUGGCGGAUGGGGUGCUAUCGGCAGGCAUCAGAGCUACAAAUGGCGUGCAAGCGGGUUGCCCAGCGGCGCCAUCGUUAGCAAAGGUGGCACUGCACCCGGUGAUAGACAAGAUCCAAAGGCGACGAGAUGUGGCAAACGUGGACUGUUGGUUGGAUGAUGUCUCAAUUGACAUCCAGCAUAAGUCCUUUAAACACGUGGCGGAUAGUGCCAUACGGGUCUACCGCAGCUUAAAGGACGGGAUGGAUGCUAAUGGUUUCACGAUUUCAUCCAAGAAGACGGGGUUUGUGGCCAGCAGUACCCAGGCGAGCAAGCACCUGCGUGAACUCCUGCUGCCUCAUGAGCCACAGGUGUACGACGUGAUGCGUGACCUGGGCGUUGACAGUACAGGGGGGCGAAAGCGUCGCUUGGUGACGUCGGCAACGCGGGCCAAGAAAGCCCGUGCGAGACAUAGCAAACUGUCUAGGCUGGGGCCGCCGCCCAGCACUAAACUCCGCGUGGUCAAGGCAGCGAUCACAUCAGUUGCUUUGUGGGGGCACCCCUCUGUGGGGGUUUCACCCAAAAGAAUGAAAUGGCUCCGAACAGUGGUAGGAAAACACCUGGGUAAAUACAAGCUUGGGAGUUUGGAAACCAUCUUGGACAUGGGAGCCAAGAAAUGCCAGGAUCCAAAGCGCACAAUCCACAAGCAGCAUUUCAAAGUGGUGGCCAAAGUUUUCCGUGCAUGGAUCGGUGGCGGAAAAGCCCACUUUGACUUGGCCUGGAAAACCACUUGGAAGAGGUUGAGUGCGGCCAAACACCACUGGCCACUGGUCACGGGGCCGAUGGCUGCAACCAUGGCGUACUUACUGGAUCUGAAGGUAGAUGCCAGUGACCCAGGCAAAUGGAAGAGAGGUAGUGUCCUCAACGUUGAUUGGACCCAGCCACGCAUGGGUAGCCUCGCCUACAAAUGGCUUGAGGGAUUCCUGGAGGAACAGAAGCGGGCUGCGAUAGCGCGACAGGCAGGUGGCGCUGGUGCCCAAGAGGGGCUGGAUUGGACGCCGCAUCACAAGUUGACGAAGCUGGGAGGCCUAAGCCCAGGCCUUAUGGAAGGUAUAAAGUCAGUGUGGCACGCGGGCGUCAUCACGGAGUCCAAGCCAGGAUGCUUUGCAGCAGAUGCAAAAGUGGAAGCGGAAGGCUUGAUCUUCGCCACUGACGCAAGUGGAGGUCCAGGAGGAAUAGACCCACGUGUACAAACAUCAGCCCUCGCAGUGGUGGCUCUGUCCUGGACAAAAGGUGUCCUGGUGGAAGCCGGACGGAUUACAGAGCUGGUCUACCCGUGGCAGCCGGUGGUGGACAUGGAGCACCGUGCACUUUUCCGACUAAUGGAGCACACGGAGGAUCUGAUUGAUGUCACUAUGGAUUGUAAGCCGGCAGUCCAAGUGCUACAAAAAACACAACCGCCGGAGGAUGACCUGGAAUGGAGCAAAGUGUGGAAUGACAGGAAACGUAUCAAGGCAACCUGGGUCCCGUCCCACAAAACUGAAGAGGAAUUCCUGGCGAAGAUGGGGCCGGGCACGUUGUGGCGGCGUGCAGCGAAUGACAUGGCAGACAAAGUAUGUGGUGCAGUUGCGGCGGCUGCUUACAGCCCAGCGCACAAGAGGCGUGUCAAAGAGUUGGACAAUGUGGUGCGCACACUUUCCCUAGCGUACGGCGCACGCGCAGCCCACAUAUUGAGGACGCGCAAAGAAGAAAACUUCCCCUUCAUCCUGGACCAUGCCCAUUACAAAGAGAAGAUGGAGGUGGUCUUGGAACAGUACUGCGUCAACCAGCCGGAGGCCAGACACCCGGAGCAGCCUUGGGAUAGGGAAGAGGAGAGUGCUUCGGAAUCUCCGGUGGGUCCGGUACGCCUACGGGAGAGAGGAGAAGACAGAGCGGCCUCGCACCAAGCUGAGGGUGUCAAUACAGAGCAAGAGGCAAGCGAGCCUCGUACAGUCACGCUGGCGGAAGGGCCAGGAUAUGCUCUGGAUCGGCUAUGGGUCAUGAAACUGGCGAUGGAACCCCAGAGCUUUGGCAACGAAGCAGGGUAUGGGGAACAAUUCCCCACCCUGGUCACCAGGACCCUGUGGGCAGGAUGGAUUGGAGUCCUUUUCGACGAAGCGGUGGAGGGUUACUGCCACCACUACUUCUAUGGAAGUAUCAUCCGCAGGGCAGAGCUGUUCAACACAUGGUGGCAGGAAAAUCGCCAUGAAGCCGGGAUCCUCAGACAGUCCCUGUUUUACCUGGUGGCUAUAACGUCAUGGCUGACCAUGCAAGGAGUUGCUCUAUCGGAUGUCACGGUGAGCAACGUUGGGCGCGACCCAAUGUCAGGAUCGUUACCACGGGCAGUGUUCUUUGACACGGCGGAGUGGACGACGCUGCAGGAGGAUAGAUACAAGCUAUCAAGCGGCCUUGUACGCCUCCUGGAGAAGUAUGAUGAGGAGCUACUGGCAACCAUACGUGGAUUGGUCAGAACGUACGACGGCAAGGCCAGCGCGCUUUGGAUGGCGUGCGUAGGCAAUGUCGGGCCAUUUGCCCAGCACCUGCUGGAUGCCGGGAUUGCAAAACCUUUCGGUUCCGGCAACAGAGAUCCAGAAAAUCACGCUGGGCAUGCCACAUGA